AUAAACCUUUUUUGAAUGGUAAGAAUGCCCACUACCCAGUGGUAAGGAUGGGGACCAUUUCGCCUGCCGAGGUUUGUAGUUGCUUCUGACGUUUGUUCGGCUUUCUAUUGCCGAAACAUUGGACGAGCUAUCAUCUGAUAAAAAGUCAAUUCCCUCUACUCUUCGGACUUCCGCUCCGUUUCGGUUUGUUUGAGAUUUGACAAUCAUUACACGCGGGCGCAAGAGGUUGAAAUUGCUAGGUAUAAUCGGGACAGCAUUAGCGAUCGGGAUUCCAUAUCGCAUGUGAAUUCGCUCAAAAGAACUUGGCACCAUCUUCACCUCCUAAGUAGAUAUCGACAUCCCUUUGCUCAAGCCUCAGAUUCUCGUCUUCGCGCCCGAUAAGGAUAUCUCCAUAGAGUGAGAAAUCCCGCACCUUGGUAAACCCGAUCAGACGUAAGCCGAAGACGUCGCCACCAUGUCUUCGAACGAGAAGCACAACGGCAUCAACGAGAAGCUGCAUUCCUCGCUACCGUCCCCCGUCGCCGACCGCCUCCCCCAUAUCCCCGAGAGUAGGGAUGAGUUGAAGGCUGAGCUGAAGGCCGAGUUGGAAGCCGGCGAGAAGGCCGUCAGCUCGAGUAUACGAUCAUUUGCCGCCGGCGGCUUCGGUGGCGUAUGCGCCGUCGUCGUUGGACAUCCGUUCGAUCUGGUGAAGGUGCGCUUACAAACCGCGGACAAGGGCGUGUACUCCUCCGCCAUCGACGUGGUGCGGAAAAGCGUCGCAAGGGAUGGGCUAAGGAGGGGUCUCUACGCAGGUGUCAGUGCGCCGUUAGUGGGGGUGACGCCAAUGUUCGCUGUAUCCUUUUGGGGCUAUGACAUGGGCAAGCGCGUCGUAACUAGCCUCUCGUCCCCGAACCCCAGCGGCACCCUCUCCAUCGCCCAGAUCAGCACGGCCGGCUUCCUCAGCGCCGUCCCGAUGACCGUCAUUACCGCCCCCUUCGAGCGCAUCAAGGUGAUCCUGCAAGUCCAAGGCCAGCGCCUCAAGCCCGGCGAGGAGCCGAAGUACAAGGGCGGUCUCGACGUCGUGCGCCAGCUCUACCGCGAAGGUGGCGUGCGCUCCGUCUUCCGCGGCAGCGUCGCCACGUUCGCGCGCGACGGCCCUGGGUCUGCCGCCUACUUCGCCGCGUACGAGUUUAUCAAGCGAAGGCUUACGCCGCUAGACCCAGUGACGGGCAAGCCGAAGGGCGAGUUGAGCUUACUCGCUAUCACGGCAGCCGGCGGUGCGGCGGGUGUGGCGAUGUGGACGCCCGUGUUCCCUAUCGAUACGAUUAAGAGCCGACUGCAGACGGCCGAGGGUAAGACGAGCAUAGGGCGUGUGUUCAAGGAGCUAUACGGCAAGGGAGGGAUCAAGGCGUUCUUCCCCGGCUUCGGACCUGCUCUUGCCAGAGCGGUGCCUGCGAAUGCGGCAACGUUCUUGGGCGUCGAGCUAGCGCAUCAAUUCUUCAAGAAGAUGUUUGAUUGAGCACUUGAUUUAUCGCCAGGAUUGCGGUAGUUGGGGUGUUGGUUCGACACAGUCUGCAUAGUCUGCAUAUUGCCGAAUGCCCAGAACUGUCUACUAAGGACCUGCCUAGGUGGUUACUGAGCUUGGUAAAGGUGUGUGGAAGAAGAAAGCAAGGGCUUGAAAAGAGGACUCGCUAGAGUAGAAGAAGUCACUGGACG